CAACAAAAAGAAAGAGCAUAAACUGCCUUCCACUACACGCUUACCUGCGCCUUCCGUCCUUGUCCAGAAAACAAAACACAAACCAAUAACAUGGCAUCUACCCCGCCUCAAAUACGGCAAGGACGGCCAGAGUCGCCUGAUUCCGAUCUAAGCACCGCUUCUCCAGCCGGCAGCGAGCACAACCGGAGCUCUCACUUUGGCGAGGACGACUCCUUUGACCAAAACAUCCAGUCACCUCAGUCGCCUCAGUCACCUCAGUCGCCUCAGUCACCUCAGUCGCCUCAGUCGCCUCAGCUCCUCUCGCCUCUCCAGCCAGUGCGCUCAAUGCCCAUCGUCCCCAUCAUGGACAGCAACAGCGGCAACUCAAGCGGCCCAGACAGCGACGACGACAUGGCCAACAGCCCCAGUGACCACGGCAAUAACGCAGAGCCGACAGUCACCCAAUUCCAACAGGAUCAAGCAAACCGCUCCUCCUCCUUCCUCCCUGCCACAGUUUUCCAAGGCAGUAACAACAACCAUAACAACAACUCACAGCGCCCCCAGGUCAAGACUCCUGAGCCGCGCAACAACACCACCACUCCCACCAACGAACCGAUUACCAUCACCAACCAAAACAGUAACAACCAAGGCAACAAUAACAACAGCCUCCAUCAGACCCUCAACCCAAUCAAAACCUCCAUCAACCCAACCCCUCGAAACAUCCUCGCCGCGCACACCCUCUCGUCGCCCAGCACCCCAGGAACCCUACCAAACUUCGACUGGGACGACUUCGUCACGCGCUACACCGAGUCUCUCUCAGCCGCCGACGCCCAAGAGCAAGAACUCCUCGAAGAGUUCCAGGAGCUGGUCCAGUACUUCAACGUGUGGGCCUCAUCCUCAUCGGCUCACGACACGGACCGCGCCGUCAAGCGCCUGCAGACGCGCGAGCGGUACGUGCGCCUCUCUGAACAGAAUCUGGCGCAGAGGAGAAAGCAUUUGACGGAGGUGGUGAGGGCUUUUCAGAGCGCGCUGGCGCUGUUGAGUCAGUCUUCUUGAUGGAUUUCAUGGUUGAGACAAAAAGUAGUGGUUGAUCUUAUUUAUGGUGGUGAGGGAGGAGGAGCGGAGCAGUAUUAGCACAUGACUGCUUCAACAGAAAACUAAAACAAAAAAAGAAAAAAAAGAAAAACUAAAGGCGUGGUCCCCGUGGCGGCUUUGACCGUGGGCCGGACUCAUGCCGUGGUGGAGGGUAGUUUGGAAGAGGGGAAGGCGU